UUGGUGCAUUCGGUAUCAUCAAAUGGUUGCCCGGUAUCGUGUCUGAAUUUCAACAACAAUGGCACCCAUCUGGCUAUAGGCUACGGUUCAGGUCUGCUGCGUAUAUUCAACAUCGCCACUGGCAAGAUGGCUGAUGAAACUAACGAAGUUGUUCAACCUGGUAAAGGAAUCCUACAAGUUAUCUUUGUCGGAAGUAGCAAACGGCUUGCAUGUCUGGAUUCUGGUGGCUCAGUCGUAUAUCUGAAGAUGUUGGACAACGACCGAAUUCUCGCUUUCCUUUCACUGCGAAAGUUAUUCCUUAUCAGUUUGAAGGAAAUGCGCCUAAUCUAUGCUGCUGCUCUUACAGGACCUGCUAAUCGCCCUCCUUUGUUUGACUGGCAAGCAAGAAAUGAGGUACCACCGCUACAGAAUGGCUCGAAAAAUAGUAUUUUUUGCGCUGGUCGUGGCUCGAAAGUUGAGUUUUUCCACAUCAGCAAUUCCGGUUUAGAUUCGAAAGUAACUCGUUACCGGUGAGU